CUCUUGCCCUCCGGGGAGGGGAGCGGCGGGAUGCCCAAGCGGCGCUACCCCUUCGCGCCCGACGCCCCGCUGCAGCGCAAGGUCCGGCCGGGGCCCGGGGGGCUGGGCGGGGCCGCCUUCGGACAGCGCUGCGACCCGGACGUCUUCGGUCAGGCCCGGACACGGGGCGAGAAGACGAAGCAGCUUCUGUUCCAGGGGGCCCAGGCCUGCAUGGACCACAUGUGGGACGGGAGCCCAGCGGGGAACCGCGCCGUCCUCCGCCUCCCCGAAGAGCCGCCCAAGCCGGGGCCUGGAGCCGGGGCGGCGACGGCGGGAACGGGCGGUCUGAGCGGCCAGAUGGUCAUCGGGCAGGACGGCAGACUGCUCCGAAAGGGCUUGCAGGCCACGGGCACGGAUCCUUCGGUGGGAGCGUCCAAAGCGUGUUCCUUCUGCGUGCGGACCCUGGACAGGAAAGAGGCCUGCGGCCAGUGCGACCGCUACAUGUGCCAGAACUGCGUCAAGACCUGCAUCUCCUGCAGCACGACCACCUGCCCCCUGUGCUCCGCGGCAGACAACGGUGAUGUUGGCGAAAAGAUUCUCUGCAGUGGCUGUGCCAUGUUUGAAGCCUAAAUGAUCCGUUAGUUUGGACUGUCUCGGCUCCUCAGGUGCCUGAACGCUUCCCGUGACUCCAUCUGUGUCUGGACAGUUACUCGGAACAGCCGCGCUGCUGGGUUGGGGGGCGGGAUUUGAGAGUUUAGGGGAAUUGUCUGGGCUUGUGGGUUUUCUAUUUUAUACUUCGAAAUAGAAUAAAAUCUUUUAUAUUGUGA